CUGCAGACGUGGUUAGCCAUUGUCAUCAGCCUGCAUUUUACACCGACACGGAGCAGGACUGAGAGGCUGGUGCAGAAAACAGAGGGCUGUAGCAAACAUGUUCAGGAAAUCCCUCAUUGCUAUCGGACUGCGGAGGAACCAUCAACGCUACUCCGGGGUCCAAAGAGCCGCAGUGACCCAUGGGGACGUCUGUUAUCGGGAUACAUCCUCCUCCGCCGUGAUGGGUGACAACGUCAAACUGAAGACUAUGGACGACCUGGGCGGACCGAGCUUCAUGACCACGUUAAACUGGCUUUUUGUAAAGGGAUACUUCAAAACCUCACAGCAAAUGCAGAUUGAGCACAAGAAAAUCUACGGUCCGAUGUGGAAGUCAACGUACGGUCCUAUUAGCCUGGUGAAUGUGGCCACUGCUGACCUGAUAGAGCAGGUGCUGAGGCAGGAGGGGAGGCACCCGAUCCGCACAGAUAUGCCCCACUGGAGGACCUACAGAGAGCUCAGGAACCAGGCCCAUGGACCCCUGACUGAAAUGGGUGCGAAGUGGCAGCGUAUCCGCAGCAUCCUGAAUCCUCGCAUGCUGAAGCCCAAACACGUCUCCUCCUACACCCACACCAUCAAUGAGGUGGUAUCAGACUUUAUCGCCCGAGUGGCCUGGCUGAGGGAAACAAGUGGUCAGGGUGUGAUGGUCAACAACCUGACUGGAGAACUCUACAAAUUUGCUUUUGAAGGGAUCUGUUCGGUGCUGUUCGAGACCCGUAUGGGCUGCAUGAAUGAAGUGGUGCCAGAGGAGACACAGAAGUUCAUCUUCUCAGUGGGAGAGAUGUUCCGGCUCUCCCCGAUCCUCAUUCUCUUCCCCAAGCACACCUGGCCUUACCUGCCCUACUGGAAAAAGUUUGUGGCAGCCUGGGAUUAUCUUUUCAAAGUUGCUGAAGAACUGGUGCAGAAGAAAAUGAAAGAGAUUGAGGAGAAAGUGGACCUGGACCAGAAUGUGGAGGGAGCGUACCUCACACACCUGCUGCUCAGUGAUAAGAUGACCGUCACUGAGAUCCUGGGCAGCAUCACUGAGCUCCUGCUGGCAGGAGUUGACACAACCUCCAACACCAUCUCGUGGACUCUGUACCACAUGGCGAAGGAGCCAGAGAUCCAAGAGAAGUUAUACCAGGAGGUUAUAGGUGUUUGCCCUGGAGACAAGGUGCCAGUCAGUGAGGACAUUUCUCAUAUGCCAUACCUGAAGGCCAUCAUCAGAGAGACACUACGGUUGUAUCCAGUGGUACCAGGGAAUGCCCGAGUCACUGCUGAAAAUGAGGUUGUGGUGGGAGAUUAUAUCUUUCCUAAAAAGACACUUUUCCACCUGUGCCAUUACGCUGCGUCCUAUGAUGAAAACAUUUUCCUUGAGCCAAAAACCUUUUUACCAGAGCGCUGGCUUAGAGGAGCGGAGGAGAAAUUCAAGCAGCACCCAUUUGGAUCUGUACCAUUUGGUUUUGGGAUUCGGGCGUGUUUGGGCAGGCGACUGGCUGAGCUUGAGAUGUAUCUCCUCCUGUCAAGGUUGAUAAAAACCUAUGAGGUGAGACCGGAUCCCGCAGGAACUGAAGUCAAGCCCAUCACCAGAACCCUACUUUGCCCGGCAACACCGAUCAACCUGCAGUUUCUGGACAGAAGAGUGGAGCAGGAGGAGCCGAGAGCAGUGAGCAGAGUUUCCCUGUGAGCUGUUUUAGUAUUCACACUGUGAUGUCAGCCUGUCACCAAGCACUUGUUUAUAACACAUUCACAUCAUGAGGACUGGCUGGAAUUCACCCAGACUGAAGCAUACUCAGCAUGCUGAAAAAAACAGGACAAGGUUGUACAGAAAAUAAUGUAAUUGUGUAUAUAUGUAUAACUUGAUGUGCCUUAUUUUUACUCAUCUCUGGCUCAGUUGUUUCCCUAAAACAGCUCAUAUCUGGUUUUUAGUUUGAAUAAUGUAACUCGGACAGGAGGAAAGGGUUCAUUUCAGCAGCUGUAGCUGGAAUAAGUCAGAAUUAACAAAACUGUAAUUUGAUUUGCACGAAAAGCACAGUGAUAUAUGAUAUUUGUGCCUUACACAUUUUUUUCUGUUUAAAAUGAAAAAAUAUGAGAAUAUCUUCAUCUAUUGAAGUGCUCAGCUUUGGUUGUCCUUUUGUUUAUAAGAUGCUGCUAAGGGUAGGAUGUAAAUAUCAUAUAUAAAAUGUUCUAUUUGAACAAUCAUUAAAUUGCUCGUUAUCUUUUAUCCUCACCCCAAAACAACUUUACAUAUUUAUUUCUAACCCUCUGUGCAGAAGAACCAGCAAAAUUGGAGUGAACUAUGACUAUCUAGAACAAUUUGUUUGGCAAAGUAAUACUGCUAUAUUUUUUAAAUUCUUUUGUACAUAUUGCAAUGCAUUUUCAAGCUUUAUGACUUGUGAUUUGGUUUAUAAUUAUAACAUGUUUCAUUAUUUUACAGAUCAAUAUUUCAUUUAUUACCUUAAUUGGUCAAGAUGACAAGCUUUUAAACCAGUUUUUGUGAAUAAUUACGUGAACAUGCCUCUUUUGAAUCCAUGUCUGAUCACAUAUUUCUUCUGAUAUUUCUUCUG